AUAUCGGAGAAUGAAAUGAUAGUUGAGUGAACGAAGUGAAGUUGUCCUCAGUCAAAAAAGGAAAUGCAUCAAUUCUCUGAUUCUGAUACACCUGAUUCUGAUGAUGGACGUCGUUUUAAGACGGAAUCAACCCGUCCGAAAAAAGACGUUUCAGAAAGGCAAUAUAGAAGAUAUCGAUCACCUUCGCCCUGUAGAAGAAAUCAUCCGGAAAAACGAAGAAAAUCGCGUUCGAGAAGUCCAAAUCGAUACGACAGAAGUAAACGAAGAAGCGACGAACGUUAUAGAGAUGAAUCCAGAAGAUAUUCAAGGUAUGAUGAAGAUAAAGAUGAAAGAAAACGACGAGAAAGCAAAGAAAACAGUGUAAAUAAAGAUAAAAGAGAUUCUGGGGAAAAAGAUAAAAAUGAUUCUUCAAAUUAUACCAAAAGGACUGAUUUAAUAAGAAAAGAGGAUGAAGGAAAAAAAAGUUAUGCCCAAAAAGAUGAUUCUAAAAAGAUUUUGAAUAAUGAAAAUGAAAUGAUUGAGGAAAAAAGUUAUGGUCCAACUUUACCAUCAAAAAAAUCGAAUGAUUUCAAAGAAUCAGAAAUUACAGAAAAAAAUGAUUUAAAAAGUUAUGGGCCAUCUUUACCUCAAAACCUCCUCAAUACCAAAUCUGAUUCUGAAGAAUCUUAUGGACCAUCAUUACCUCCAGCAUCAUCAUCUAAAACCCAAUCUGAACCCACUGAAAAAAUAAUCGGACCAAGUUUACCAGAACAUUUAAGAGAAAAAUUAGCAAAAGCCAGUGAAAAUGUAGAAAUAAACCAAAAUAAUGAAAAUGAUAUUAAAUCCGAAAAUGAAUAUGACAUAAAAUCCGAUGAUGAUGAUGAUGAUAACGACGAAAUAAUUGGACCCUUACCUCCAAAUAUGUUACCAACACUAUCUCAAAUAGAACUUGAAGAACGCGCACUACAAAUUAAAAUAAAUAAUUUAACUGCGAAAACAAACGAGACAAAACGCGAAGAAUGGAUGAUGGAAUUACCAGAAGUGAAAGCGAUUGGUUUGGGGUUAGGUCCAAGACAAUUUCGAGCAAAUCCUCGCCCGGAUAUGUCUGAUAGAUCAUCAUGGACUGAUACUCCAAAAGAUAAAUUAAACAAACAAUCGUCAUCAAAUCCUGAAAGAGAUUUAAAAAAAGAAGCUGAAUACAAAGAGGUGAAACGAAGAGAUGAAGAACAAGAAAAGAUAAUUAAGAAACAUAAAAAAUCGUCGAAAAGAGAUGAAAAAAGUUUGUUGGAAAUGCAUCAAUCGAAGAUGGAGAAGAAAAAAGGUGAACCAGUUGAACGAAGGCCGUUUAAUAGAGAAAUUGAUUUAAAAGUGAAUCGUUUUGAUGAAGCCCAAAAGAAAGCGAUUUUGAAGAAAGCGCAGCUUUUAGAUGAUCGAUUCUCUAGUGGGCAAGCGAAAUAUUUAUGACGUUUUAGUAAAGAUUUAGGAUAUUAUUUCGAUUUUAUUUUUGUAAAUAGAUAAUCACAAAACAA